AUGGCUCUGGGAAGAGGCAGUGCGAGCAACGGCGCCGUCGUUCUCGGCGCGGCGGUGCUGUUGAUCGGCUUUCUUGUGAUGAGCGGCGGCCCGCCGCUCGCCGAAGCAGCGAAAUACACGGUCGGCGACUACGGGGGUUGGAAGUUCAACGUCGCCGGGUGGACCAAAGGCAAGACGUUCCGCGCUGGCGACGUGCUCGAGUUCAAGUAUAACGGGGCGGUGCACGACGUGGUGUCGGUGGACGCGGCGGCGUACCGGAGCUGCGUGCCGCCCAAGGGCAAGAAGGCCCUGCGCAGCGGGCACGACAAGGUGAAGCUCGUCAAGGGCACGCACUACUUCAUCUGCACCGUGCGCGGCCACUGCCAGGCCAACAUGAAGAUCGCCGUCAAUGUCAUCUAG